GGCACUCAUGGCGGUACGGUUCUUGGCAUCGCGUCCUCGCCCAAUGCGAUGCCCCUGUGGCAGGCGGCCGCAGGAGGGAUUAAGCGCGCUGAAUGCGCCAAGUUCCGACCGACUGUCUUGGGCCUGCCUUGGCUUGAAAAGAACCGAAUGAAAAAAGGUCGAUUAAGCGACCAUCAUUGGGGACCAGGUCCGUGGAGGAUUGGUCCUCUUAGCAGGCCCGAGCCCUCUGGUAUGUACAAGAAGAGAUCGACGACCAGAGCAAAAUCUUGACGCACACACACAUCCUGUCGUUUCCGGAAUCCACCCCCCUGCUUUCCCUACAAGAUGGCAACACAUCACCAGCCAUCAUCCAAAACACGUCCCCUGGCGGCGUGGCUGCUGCUGCUCCUCCCAUUGAGCACGGCCGUGCACGCCCUGGCCAGCCUAGCGGUCAUUUUCGAGUCGUCGACAGCGUGGCCGGCUCUCGCCGCGGCGCCGCGGGCGUGCACGACGGGCGGGUGGUCGGCGGCGGUGAAGUCGCCCUGCGGCGACAAGGAGUGCUUCUGCGCUGACGCGCAGUUCAUGGCCGACACGACGGACGAGUGCCUGAGCAUCCGCGUGUCCAACAUCGGCGACAAGACGGCGUUUUCGGUGCAGAAUUACAAUGCUAUCAUGGCGUUCUGGGGCGGCGAGUGCGGCUUCAAGCCUCAGUUCAAGGAGGCCAUGACCCAAAAGGUCACGUACACCAAGACCUACUCUACCGCCGUGCAGACGACACCGGCCGCCAACAAGCAGACGACCACUACCAGCGGCGCCCAAGGUGGCGCAGGACUAACCACAACGACAGACGCGACUUCGACAGCCACCGACACCCCCUCGUCAUCGGGCGGCGGAGGAAAUGGAGGAGGGGGAGGAAACUCGGAUCUGAGCAUCGGCGGGAUAAUCGGCAUCGUGGCGGGCGUGGCCACAGUCAUCAGCACCAUUGUUGGCGUGGUAAUGUGCUACCGUCGGAAGAACCAAUAAUGAAUUAGAGCGAAG